AUGGAUAUAACCAAAACAAAACAAAAGAAGAAGGCUGCGCAUGAGGAGCAGCUUCCAUGGGAGUUGAUUGAAGAGAUACUCUCUCGUGUCCCUCUUAAAUCUCUUGUCCGCUUGAGUGUUGUUUGCAAACGAUGGAACAUUAUCUUGGAUGACAAGAAGUUCAUCAACAGCCACAAGGAGACGUUUCGAUUCAUCCUAACAACCAAAUCCAAGAUUUAUUCGGUAAGCAUUGAUCCCAAGAUAGUGGUGCGUGAGCUACCCGGUUUAAUUUAUAUAAACCCUGAAACAUUGAUUGAUUGCGAUGAGUUCUUGAUAUGUAACGUGGGUACUGGAGCUGUUAUUUGGAACCCGUGGAGAAGUGAGGUAAAUCUUUACAAGUCCAUUUGGGGCAUUGAUAACAUGUUGAAGAUCCAUGACUUUGAAGAGUUCGGUACGUGGACACACGUCAACGUUAGAUCCGGUGAUAGUAAUCAGAGACGUAAAAGAACUACACAAUCAGAAAUAGGUGUAUCGUUGAACGGCUCUUUGUUUUGGAUUUGUUAUCUUGACAAGACAGAUCCCUUGUAUUGUUUAGGUAGAUUCGAUUUUUCCAAGGAAAGAUUCUACACAUUUUGUGAACUACCGUGUGGGAUGAGCCAUAUUGAGAUUUGGGUGACCAAGAACAAGGUUGACGUUGAGGAUGGUGGUGAUGUGGUUUGGGUGGAGCUCAUGACAUUGUCAAUUCCUAACUUUCCGAGUUUAGGACUGGCUGAACCCAACUCUCAGCAGCCAAGUUACUACAUCGAUGAUAAGAGGCUUGUGGUAUGUUGUUGCGAUGAAUCUGGCCAGCCUUGGAUUUAUGUUUUUGGGGAAGACAAGUUGAUCAGCAAGGUUCAGUUAGAUUCAUUGGUUGGACUCUGGCCUUCUCAUUGCACUUACUUUCCCAGCUUAGUCCCGGUUCCUCGAGUAAAAGAUGAAGCAAAGUUACAAGUUUAA